UCUGAGAUUAUUCGUGAAUCCUACUUGUUCGUCCGUACGUCUUCACUUGUUUAUAUGAAUAUUUAUUGCAGUAUCUAUUUGUAGUAUUUGUGUUAUUAGUCUUGUUGUUUAUACAAUCUAAAACAUUUAAAUGGAUAUUUCGGCGCCAAUUAUAUUCGUCGGUAUUCUAAUUGUAAUAGCUGCCCUCCUCAUAUUGGUGUUCAAGUUUGGCAUCAAAGAAAAGAGCUAUGAGGAGGCUAUAGCUGAGCAGAGGCAGCAGAACAAUCCUCUGCUGGGCGUCAAGUCCAAACCAAAGGAAAAGAAAAGCAAGAAAACGUCUAAGAAGCUGAAGGAAAAACAGCCUUCAACCGACAAUGAACCAUCCGAAGAAACUGCCGAGCAUGCAACCCAAAAACCGCAUGUGGAAUUCAAAGAAGAACCCGAAGAAUUGCCAGCCAAGCCGGAGAGUCCGAUAAAAAAACCCUUAAAAAAGGUAAAAGAAGUUCGUCCGAUUUUGGUAAAUAAGGAAUGUCACGAGCCUGCGGUCAAGCCGACCAAAGAAGUCGGCACCGCGAAUCAUUUCGAAUCGUCGCAUCCGAAAGACGAAUUCGAACUGUUAAGAUCUAACAGUCGCGAUGAGCUCAUCAAACAGGAGCCGGCCAAAGAAAAACCGGCCAAGGAGAAGAAACAGUCCGACGGCGAAAACGUAAAAUCAAAGAAAUCGAAACAGGCCCAACCGGCCGUCGAAAACGUUGCUCCUGUUGCGGAGAAAAAGGAAGAGAAGAAAAUCGUGGAGAAAAAGGAUGAGAAGAAAAUCGUGGAGAAAAAGGAAGAGAAGAAAAUCGUCGAGAAAAAGGAUGAGAAGAAAAUCGUGGAGAAAAAGGAAGAGAAGAAAAUCGUGGAGAAAAAAGAUGAGAAAAAAAGUGUAGAUAAAAAGGAUGAUAAGAAAACCGCGCCACCGGAUGUGGAAAAGAAAGAGGAGAAGAAGUUGGAAGCAGCUCCCGCACCGUCACAGGUCAACGGACUACCGGUGAACACUGCGAAGGAAAAGAAAAAAAAGAAGAGCGAAUUCAACACGUUGCAGCAACUGACCACCGAAAGAGACGGACUAUUUACUCUGGUGCGUAAUGCUGAAUUGUCUAGAAAUGAGAUACAGACACUUAUUGAACUCUUACUGAACAAGCAGCAUGAGGCACCCGCUGUCAUUGAGGAUUGGACCGAAGGAAAAUCCGAUCCGACGCAAAAAUUGAAGAAACAGCUGGCCGAAAAAGAGAAACUUCUCGCCGAAGAGACCGAACGCAAUGGCGCUUUGCAAAACAAGCUACGCGAAAUCCGUACCGAACAACAGGCCGAAAAGAGUCAGCUCGUGCAAAAAGUCCGGGCACUGGAAGAAACCCUGAACGCCAAGAACCUCGAAGUGGAGGCCGAAAAGAACAAACUGCAGGCUUCCAUACAGAAGUGGCAACAACUUCAAACUCAAAUAAACGAAGAUUCGGUCAAAUGGCAGAGACUGGUUGAAGAAAACAAGGCGUUGCAGCACCAGCUAGAAUCACGUGUGGAGGCCGUUGUCCAGUUAAACGCUGAACUAAACAAUGCUAACAUUGAAGUGCACAGAUUGGCAACCGAAAACAUUGGAUUUACCGAGAUUAUGCGUCAGCGCAGCAGUGAAAUGCAAAACAUCGAAAGAGAAAAUGAACAAUUAAAAAUGAUCAACAACCAACUUGAAGAAACAAGAAAAGGCUUUGAGAGAGACAUUGAAGCAAUUUUGAGAAGGGAAGAAGAGGCACAAAAGGAGCUGUCACAUUUGAAAACCGUCCUUCAACAACAAGCCGAAGAAAAACGCAAAAACGAACACUCUUUCGAUCAAAUAUUAAAUGAAAACCGUCAGCUUAAAUCUGACAAGACAGAAACCAGCAAACUUAUUGAUCAGCUCAAACAAGAUUUACAAAAAACACAAGAUGAGAAACAACAGCUGGAAGUGACCCAGGUCAACGGAUCUUCUGAAGAGACGGAAAACUUCAAGCUCGAACUACUUAACGCCAACAAUCAGUUGAGCAGUGUUCAGGUCCAACUCCAACAAACCAUUGCCCUGUUGGACGAAAGUAACAACAAAAACAACGCUUUAUUGAAGGAAAUAGAAGAACAAAAAUCGAAAAACAACGAUUUACGUCAAAAGAAUUGGAAGGUGAUGGAGGCUUUAAAUAUUGCGGAGAACCGAAUUAAAAGCAGUACCAGCCCCAAACAGUCCGCUGCCUCUUUGGACGACCUGUCUAAGGACAUCCGUCAAAAGGAGCAGGAUUCCCAAAAGCAAUUCAUUCAGAGGCUGUUCCCUGAAAUUGUGGCCUUGAAAUCGGCCGCAAGCAACGAAGACUGGCAACAAGAGUUCGGUCGGCUCAUUGAAAAUUAUUUAGAAAAUUUAAAAAAGAAACCGUCACCAAAGAAGGAGAGUGUUUCAGACGAUUCAUCACUGAGAUUACAAGUAGUCAAAUAUAAGAAUAUUAUUGAUGAAACAGAAAGUCAGUUAGUUCACCUUCAAAACCACGUGGCACAAGCCGAAACAAGUUGGAGGGACCAACUCGCCGAGAAGAACGCCGAAAUAGAACAUCUCAAGGAACAAGUUCUUGGUCAGCUAAAAAUCCAGCUUGAAGAGAAGGAUCAACUGCUCGCACAGGAGCAGCGUAGAAGUGAAUCCUUAAGUAAGGAAUGCCAGCAGAUGAGAAGCAAGGCGCAUCAGGCGGAUGCCAACUUAACCAUUGAGAAAUUGACUGAAGAAGUAAAUCGUUUAAGUGAGUUGCUGCGGUUAGAACAAGCAAAAAAGAAUGCUGAUGUAAAUGGUAGUUCCAAAGAACAAAAUUUUAAAGCAACAAAUGGCCUUUCACUCAUAGAGCACUCACUUUCAUCAUCAUCCACAAGUCUAGCAUCUUCAGGAGUUAUCCACAGUAAAAAAUCAAAGAAUAAAAAGAAAAAGAAGAAGGGAAACGGUAACUGAGAGCAGAAAAAAUCUAAUGAUUCCAGAGUAAACAGAAGAUAACUGUACUAUAUAAUUUUGUAUAUUUUAAAGUAUUAAUGUUAUUAUCAUUCCCCAUAUAUCACGUGUGCAAUAUUUCGGCCGUAGAUAUAAUUUUGACUGUAUAUUUUUAUUGUUAAUCAAUCUUGUUCGAUAUAAUGUAGUUGCAAAGCUUUUUUAACUGUAAGUGAAAAAAUUAUUAAUGACUAAAAGUUAUCAUGAAAAUAAUAUAUGAAAAAAUAACUUACUGAUUGUUUACUAUGAUAGGUAAUAUAUACAGGGUGUUUAAAAAUAACCCUGUAGAGUAAGAAUAUUGUAAUAUUAUUGAUGAAAUAUUUUGUUUACUUUUAUUUUUCUAAUAACCAACAACACUGGUAUUUGGACUCGUAGACUUAUAUUUAACAGAAAAUUGCUGUUUUUUUUUAAAAAACUAGCACUUGCUUCCACUUUCUAAGACUAAAUGUAAGUGAGCUUUCUCGACCUAAUUUCAAUAUAGUAUAAUAUAUUCUUAUACAGAAUGAAGAUGCAUGGUGUGUGUGAAAAUCCAAGUAAUAUUUCAUAUAUAGGAAUAAAUAUUAAAUCAUAAAAUUUUGUAUAUUUUGAAAUAGCUAAUAAAUUUUUUAAAUAG